CUUUGACCAUUUUAAAAGCUUCAUAGAUCUGAAACCAAUCAUCUUCUCCCCUACUUCAUCACGCCUUCGCUAAACAAAAUAUAUAUAUAUAUAUAUAUAUAUAUAUAUAUACACUCAGCAGCCAUUGAUCGCAGACAUUUAAUGGGGUUUGUGGGGGGAAAAGGAGGAAAGGGGAAAUUUUUUGAUCGGAAAUUCAAGAAAUGGAGAAUUCCUUCAGCGGUGAGUGGCCGGAAAAGGGCCACGGCGGCGGGAGUGCGUCGUUCCCGUGGUCGUUUCCCAGUGAUUACUCAUCUGCCGCCGCCGCCGCCGCCUUCCUGUCGUGGCCGGCGCAGCCGUUUGAGGAGGCCGCCGACGACCGGGCUUUGAGCGCCUCCAAGAGCCACAGCGAGGCCGAGAAACGCCGCCGCGACAGAAUCAAUGCGCAGCUCGCCACUCUCAGGAAACUGAUUCCCAAGUCGGAAAAGAUGGACAAGGCGGCUUUGUUAUCAAGCGUAGUAGAUCACGUGAAAGACCUGAAGAGAAAAGCGACGGAAAUCACGGAAGCUCUCGUCGACGUUCCGACCGACACCGACGAAGUGACCAUCGACGACCAACAUUCCACGACCGCCGGCGCCGCCAUUAACGACGACCAAGCUUCAACCUCGUCGUCGCCAUACCUCAAGGCUUCGGUCUGCUGCGACGACCGGCCGGAGCUUUUCGCGGAGAUAAACCGGGCCCUGAAAGAUCUCCGGCUGACGACGGUGCAGGCGGAUGUGACGAGUUUGGGCGGCAGGGUUAAGAGCGUGUUCGUGCUGCAGCUUUGCUCCGACGACAUGGACGCCGCCGGCGAAACCUCGAAUGAUCACAUGAUGAUGAAUUCUGUGAAACACUCCCUUAAGGUUGCCUUGUGUAAGAUUGCCAUUCCGGCUUCUACUACCAGUUAUCGUAUUAAAAGCAAGAGGCAAAGGUUUUUCCUGCCUGCACAUUAUCAUCAUUAACAUCACUAUUUUAUAUUAUAUUCUCAAUUAUUACAUUA